CUGCAUUCUCCCCUCCCCUAAAAGACAUUCACCCACUCACCAGCUGUAGCCUCUUCCAUCCCCCGCCCUCCGCCCGGUUCCCCCUCCUCAAGAAGCCGACCCUCGCGCUAGGCGGUAGGGACCCCCGGCAGACGCACUGCACGGGCGCGCCGCGCUGACCUCCGCCCGCCCUGCACUCAGAUUAACAAAGGCGACAGCGAGCCCCAGUCUGAAAGCAGAAAGCCGGCCGCGGGGUCCGGAGCCUGCGCCCGGUCAGUCGGAGAGAGAGCCGCGCGGGCUGCUCUGAAGUCGCAGGAUACAGCCGGAGCUGCCAGAUCUCUCUCAAGCGGCGCUGCUGGGACGCUGGCCCCACCAUGGGCUGCUGCACUGGGCGCUGCUCGCUGGUCUGUCUCUGCGCACUGCAGCUGCUUUCAGCAUUGGAGAGGCAGAUCUUUGACUUCCUUGGCUUCCAGUGGGCACCCAUUCUUGGAAAUUUCCUGCAUAUAAUAGUUGUCAUAUUGGGUCUGUUUGGAACCAUUCAGUAUAGACCACGUUACAUCAUGGUGUAUACAGUGUGGACUGCUCUUUGGGUCACUUGGAAUGUGUUCAUCAUCUGCUUUUAUUUGGAAGUAGGAGGCCUCUCUAAGGACACAGAUCUGAUGACCUUCAACAUCUCUGUACACCGGUCAUGGUGGAGGGAGCAUGGACCUGGCUGUGUCCGGAGAGUGCUACCGCCAUCAGCCCAUGACAUGAUGGAUGACUACACAUACGUCUCAGUCACAGGCUGUGUUGUCGAUUUCCAGUACCUAGAAGUCAUCCACAGUGCUGUACAAAUACUGCUAUCGCUGGUUGGUUUUGUGUAUGCCUGUUAUGUGAUCAGCAUUUCCAUGGAAGAAGAAGACACCUGUCGAAAUAAGUAAUGACAUUGACUCUGAAAUGCAGCUCCUGAACUUGAGUUAGGGAACAAAGCACCAUUGGCCUCUAGCUCCGGGGAUCCUACAGCGUCACCUUCCUCCUAGACAGCAGGACUGCGCCCCCUGCCGACCAGACCAGCGAACACGGAGCUGCGAGGUCUUUGGUCUCAGCCUGUGUAACAUUAGCGUUGUUUGCUAGAUGCGUUCUGGGUGCUUGGGUGGGUUUGUUUUUUUGUUUUGUUUUGUUUUGUUUUUAAAGUCAUCUUCUUAUAUGAGCACUUGUAAAUUGUAAAAAAAAAUGGUUUUAAAUUGUUUUUAAUUUAACUUGAGGCAUGCAAAAUGAAAAAAAAAAUUCUAUGAAAAUCUUCUCCAAGUCGUUUCUAAGAGGAUUGUCUGUGUUAUUGAGCUGUGACAUCCAGGUUACUGGCCCCUGAACCCUGCUAAGCUAAUGGUUUUGUAUACACAGACAUUGCCUUUGGGCAUCAGACACAAGCAUAGACCUGUGGCAGACUGCAAAAAGACUGGAUCUAACUAUCCAACCUAGCACAGAUCACUGUUUAAACAGCACCAGACACAGACAAAACAUGGAGUCCUUUGUUCUGAAUCUCUAAAGAGUGCACAAUCUCUAAAUAGUCCAAUCUAAAUUUGCAGAUUCGUGUAUCUCGUGUCCUUGCAAUGUUCCGAGACACAUACGUAUGUGCAUGUUUAUAUUAUGACUGAGUACAAACCCAGAAUGAUGUGUGGAACCCUUCCCUAGGCAGGGAGUUGGCUGGCUGUGAGGUUCAUAUUUUCUGCUCUUAGUUUCACUCUCAACACUGAUGUCAGACCUAAACAUACAGCUCAAGGGCUGUGGGACAGAAAUCACAGCCAUAAAUCUGUAGUCAGGAACUUUUAGGAUAUUCAAAGGGAGCAUUCAAAUGCUAUAGAUUUCUCUAUAGAGAUCUGUAACAGAAAUAUUUAUGCCUGAGUUACAUCAGUUUUUCUUUCUUUUUCCCCAUUCAUCCCAAUAAUUAAGAAAAUUAAGUGGAAAAUCUAAUUUUCUAAGGGGGGCGAAUAGGUCCAUCUUGGAAAAAGUAUUGCAAUUCUGGAGCCUUUUAGAUUCAAAUGAAAUAUACAUAUGGUGAAAUGCAUAGAUUUUUAAGGGUACAAUGAGAAGUGCACAAACUUAAUGAGCAGUGCUUCAACCAAAAUACAGAACAUGUCUGACCCUUUAGGAACCUUCCUUGGUCCCCUUUUCCAUUGGUCUCCAUGAUGCCAUUGAUCCCCAACAAAUACCACAUUAGAAAUUGCAGUGUGCUUGACUUAGUCUGCUGACGUAAACUGGUUUUGACCAAAUACCCGGCCAUUGUAACAUGGCCAAGUAGGUGGAUAAAAUCCAUGUUGAUUCUCACUGCUAAGGUUUAACUGCAUCGCUGAUGAACUGUCUGCUCACCGUAUAAGGCAGGUAUUUGUCUCACUGCAUUGUUUUCCUGUCUCUGCCUUAGUCCCAUGUGAAAAGCCAUUUUGGUCCUUUUGUACACACACGAAAAUUAAGUCUUCCCUUCAUCACAGUUCUGUCUGUCCACUGUUUGCUCCAGAGUCAGUCCAGUGCAGCUCACAUAUCUCUAAGGCAUCCAUAAACCACUGAAAUUGGUACAAAGUUUUGUAUGCUUGCGGAAGUCUCUCUGUUCCCUCUUCUCCCUCUUAUAUGCAUAGAUUUCAUGAGUCUGCUAUCAGAAUUUAAUGCAAUCCCCUCUGCCCUAAUGCCUGGAAGUUGAUGUACUAGGUUGUAUCUUGUCAUUUAGCUGGUACUCCCACUGAGUUCUCUCCUAAAGAGUAAACCUAGAUUCUAAAUGACAGGGAGCUCUUGGAACCUGAAAGGUAGUGCCAUCAAACUCCCAUUUGAGGAGACCAGGGUUGUGGCAGGGUGUAGAAGAAUAACACAAAGGCCAAGUCUUGGCACCAAGUCUUGGCACUCAUGACCAACCUGGCUCCAAGCACAGCCUUCUUUUGAAUGAAUGACUUACUCUUCCUUGGAGCAACCUGCUAAAUUAUGUGGCAAUGCAAGAUCUAGGAUGGCAUCAGCUUAUUUAUGGGAACUUCCAAUCAUGUGCCAGCAAAAGUUAGGCAGAAGGAUAAAAGGAUUAGAGAACUCUCGGACAUGAAGUGGCUUGAGCAUGGAGCAGUCUACAUCAGAGAAAAACUAUAUGAGUAUGUUCUCCAAUGAUCUUAGCCUCCUUUUCACCACCAUAGAAAGGGUGAGGGUGUGUCCCUGAAACAAAAACAUGUCUUCAUGCAUCUCUAAACUUUGAAUGUGGUUGGUUCACCUUUUUUUAGAAGAUAACAUGACAUCUUGUUCUAGCAAUAUAUUGAUGCAUUUUCUUAUCCCUUUGGUAAAACAAGCCUCACUGUUCCCAUAAGCCCAAAUAACAGAGGCAGCUAUCUUUUAGUAGCUCAACCUGACAGGAUAUAGCAAGAUGACUGGCCACCUGUUUCAUCCAAUGAAUAGCCCUUUUCUGAUAAGUGAAAUUUGUCUAUGUUAGAAUCAACUAAAAUGUGUGUUGUGCAGGUGAGAAAAAAAUAUCAUGACCGCUAAAUGGAGGGGCAAAUAAAAACCAAAAUUGCACUUUUUGUCUCUGAAAAUUAGAAUCUUGCCAAGAUAAAACGGACUUUCAUUUUUUUACUCCAUUUUAAAUUUUAUGUUCCCAAAAUAGUCUCACUAUGGAAAACAGAGACUCUGAGUGUGUGGUUUUUAAAGUAAAUACUUAUCACUUGUGAGUCACUUUAAUAAGGAAUUCAGGAAAAAACUUUAUAGGUUGAUUAGAAUUCAGGUGUUCUGACUUGACAUUUUAGCCCAAAACAGUAUCCACUUUCUUUCAAGAGUUGGAUGAAUAAAGUAGGAAAAAAUACAAAUAACUGAUGUGUUAUGGACUGGCCACAGGCAGCUCAGAUAAAACCAAGCCCAAGACAGAUAUUUCUACACUAAUGAGCUAACUCCAGAGUGGCUUAAGCCCCAAGCUGUGAGCAAAGCUACUGACCAAUGAAAUGUUACAAACUUGGAAUUUUGGAAAAGGCCCUUCGACCUGGCUUCUCUACUCUCUCCAUGGAUACCCAUUAGCAAGAGGAAAUAAAAACUGGCUUCGGGUGUGGUCCUCGCUUCAGUGACUGUUGAUCUUCUGACACCAUUGUUGAGCUCACACAUGCCCACUUGUCUUUUAAAGACUCGAAAAUCUUACAUUUCUGAGCUUACAAAACAUAUUUUCAAUAAGCAACUGGUCUAUAACAUUUUGAAGUCAAGGAGUCUUUUAAAGUGUCCAGAAGUCAACUUUAAAUAUUUGUUAUAAAUAAGGCUACAAAAUAAGAAUAUUUUAUCCAAGAGCAAAAACAAUGGAAAGCAUUACUCCUUGUGUGACAAGUAAUGUGCCACUCAGAAAGGAAGUUGGUACAUUUUAAACAUUAGGAAAAUGUAUUUAUUAAGAAAGUGAAAUCUGAAAAGUGUAAGACUAGAAAAAUUCACAUUUUUUUUUGUUUUUUUGUUUUGUGAGUGGUAUCUCUUUUGCUCUUGAAGAGAGUUUAGAGAAAAGGCUCUUUCUUCAUUAUGGAUAAAUCUUCUUAAAUCCUUGGAUCUGCUCAGGGGAUCAGCACCCACAAAGAAUUAACCAUGGCCUUUGAACUUGCAUUCAUAUAAAGGGCAUGGAUCCUAUUAAAUGGUAAAUGUUUUAAAAAAUGAAAUAUUCAAAGGAUCCAAAUAUGUGUGGGCUUGAACUUGAGAGAUAAGUUAAAAG